AUGGAGCUGCGAGCGGCCCGGAGCCUGGGGUCCGCGGCCUGCGGCCUGCGCGCGGCCCUGGCGCCCGCCGCGCGCUGCCCGCCGCGGCCGCCAGGGCCGAGGACGGACGCCGUCCAGACGCUGCGCACGGGGCCCGCUCUGCUGUCGGUGCGUAAAUUCACAGAGAAACAUGAAUGGAUAAUCACAGAAAAUGGAACUGGAACUGUCGGAAUCAGCAAUUUUGCACAGGAAGCUUUGGGAGAUGUUGUUUACUGUAGUCUGCCUGAAGUUGGGACAAAAUUGAAAAAGCAAGAUGAGUUUGGUGCUUUGGAAAGUGUGAAAGCUGCCAGUGAACUCUACUCUCCUGUGUCAGGAGAAGUAACUGCAGUUAAUGAAGUGCUUGCAGAAAAUCCAGGACUUGUCAAUAAAUCUUGUUAUGAAGACGGUUGGCUGAUAAAGAUGACACUGAGUAAUCCUUCAGAACUAGAUGAACUACUGAGUGAAGAAGCAUAUGAGAAAUACAUAAAAUCUAUUGAGGAGUGAAAAUGGAACCCUGAAUAAAUUAGAGUGAAGUAACUUACUGCAGCAUAGUUGUCUAAAUUAGUGGUGGAUGAAAAUUUUAACAUUUUGCAGCAAUUCAACACUUUCUGGUAGGAAAAGCAACGACUCAACACUGCUAUGAGAGAAAUACCCUUCACUUUCCAAUGA